CCGGAGGGGAAGCGGCCAAGGACGCCCCGCGGGGCCCCGCCGCCGCCGACACCCCCAUGGGAUCCGAGCGGAUGGAGAUGCGCAAGCGGCAGAUGUCUACGACCCAGGAGACCCCAGGCGCUGCACAGGCUCAGCACAGCACGGGCAAUCGAGGGUCCAACGCCUGCUGCUUUUGUUGGUGCUGCUGCUGCAGCUGCUCAUGUCUUACUGUUAGAAAUCAAGAGGAAGAGAGAACAAGGAGAACAUCCCAUGAACUCCAAGCAGAGGGUAUUCCAAACUGUGAGGAAAGCCCUGCUCCUACUCUUGAAGAAGUAAAUGCCUGGGCUCAAUCAUUUGACAAGUUGAUGUUUACGCCAGCCGGCCGAAAUGCUUUUCGUGAAUUUCUACGAACAGAAUUCAGUGAAGAAAACAUGCUUUUCUGGAUGGCCUGUGAGGAACUGAAACAAGAGUCCAACAAAAGUGUUAUUGAAGAAAAAGCAAGACUAAUUUAUGAAGAUUACAUUUCUAUCCUUUCUCCAAAAGAGGUCAGUCUGGACUCCAGAGUAAGGGAAGUUAUUAACCGAAAUAUGCUGGAACCCUCACAACACACCUUCGAUGACGCACAGCUUCAAAUUUAUACCUUAAUGCACAGAGACUCCUACCCACGGUUUAUGAACUCUGCUAUUUAUAAGGACUUGCUUCGGUCCUUAUCUGAAAAAUCCAUCGAAGCGUAGGAUUUUUUUCUUAAAUGUAUUUAUUUUAAAACAAAUGGGACUCUGGGCUAUACCAAUCAACAGGGAAUUUAGUAUUGAUCGGAUAUUUACCUGAAAAUAACUCAGGCAAGUUUUACUACAGACUGAAUGUUUGAAACCCACACAGGGCUCUGACACAAUCAGCUAACUGCAGUUUCUGAUCAAAUCAAGUAUUACUUUGCAAAAGAGAAUGAAGAGAAGAUGUUAACGUU